AUGGUGUUUGACUCUGAGGAUUGGUGCCUCAAACACACCCCUACACCUCCGUUGCAGAACGGUGGUAUGGCUGAUAGUGGAACGGCCGUCAAGCCUCCUGAACCUGAAUCAGUCAGCAUCCCGAUGGAGGAAACCAUCUGUAAUGGGGGAACACAGGAGCCUUCUCUGUUGACAAAUCUGAAGAAGGUGGAGAACCACAUCACAGAGGCCCAGCGUUUCUCCCAUCUCCCCAAGCGUUCGGCGGUGGACCUGGAAUUCACAGAGCUCUCCUACACCAUCCGUGAAGGGCCGUGCUGGAGAAAGAGAGGUUUUAAAGCCUUACUUAAGUGCCUGUCGGGGAGGUUCUGCAGCCGAGAGCUGAUCGGAAUCAUGGGGCCCUCUGGGGCCGGCAAGUCCACUCUGAUGAACAUCCUGGCUGGCUACAGGGAAACAGGCAUGAAAGGGAAGAUCUUGGUGAAUGGGAAACCCAGAGAUCUCCGCACGUUUCGUAAGAUGUCCUGUUAUAUCAUGCAGGAUGACAUGCUGCUGCUGCACCUCAGUGUCCGGGAAGCCAUGAUGGUUUCGGCCAACUUGAAGCUCAGUGAAACUAUGGAAGUGAAAAAGGAACUGGUGAAUGAGAUCCUGACUGCUCUAGGGCUCCAGGAGUGUGCUCACACUCGCACCAGCUCCCUAUCUGGGGGGCAGUGUAAACGGCUGGCAAUCGCCCUUGAGCUAGUCAACAAUCCCCCGGUCAUGUUCUUUGAUGAGCCAACCAGUGGACUGGACAGUGCCUCCUGUUACCAAGUGGUUUCUCUUAUGAAAUCUCUAGCCCUGGGGGGACGCACCAUCAUCUGCACCAUCCACCAGCCCAGCGCCAAACUCUUUGAGAUGUUUGAUAAGCUGUACAUCCUGAGUCAGGGCCAGUGCAUAUACAAAGGCACCGUCCCAUACCUCAUCCCCUAUCUGAAGAACCUGGGGCUCCACUGCCCCACCUACCACAACCCGGCAGAUUUCAUCAUCGAAGUGGCAUCGGGGGAGUAUGGAGACUGGAAUCCUGUUCUGUUUGAGGCGGCCCAGGGUGGAAUGUGUGCCAUAGAGGAGAAGGAGAAGUCAUGUGACAAAAAUGACACAUCCGCUGUUUGUCCAACAACGUGCCUCAAGGACUCAGGAGCCAUUGAGAGCCAUUCAUUUGCCACAAGCACUUGGACACAGUUUUGCAUUCUCUUCAAUAGAACGUUGAUGACAAUAUGUCGAGACCAGGUGUUGACACACCUAAGGCUGAUGUCACACAUCUCUAUAGGAGUACUGAUCGGCUUGCUCUACUUGAACAUUGGCAACGACGCCAGCAAGGUCUUCAACAACACCGGCUUCCUCUUCUUCUCCAUGCUCUUCCUCAUGUUCGGAGCUCUGAUGCCCACCGUGCUCACAUUUCCUCUGGAGAUGUCAAUUUUUCUGAGGGAACAUCUAAACUACUGGUACAGCCUGAAGGCUUACUAUCUGGCUAAGACUAUGGCUGACAUUCCAUUCCAGGUCCUCUGCCCCGUCAUGUACUGCAGUAUAGUGUACUGGAUGACCGAUCAGCCUCCGGAGGCCACCCGCUUCCUGCUCUUCCUGGCCCUGUCCAUCUGCACGGCCCUGGUAGCCCAGUCACUAGGGCUCCUGGUUGGUGCUGCCUCCACCAACCUCCAGGUGGCCACUUUUGUCGGCCCCGUCACUGCCAUUCCUGUUCUUCUCUUCUCGGGUUUCUUUGUCAACUUUGACACCAUUCCCAAGUACCUGCAAUGGAGCUCUUAUGUGUCCUAUGUCAGGUACGGCUUCGAGGGGGUGAUCCUGUCCAUAUACGGGAUGAACCGUACCUAUCUGUAUUGUCCGGGGAAAGUGUGUAAAUUCCAGAAGCCUGAGGAGGUCCUCCAACUGUUGGACGUGGAGGACGCCAAGCUCUACAUGGACUUCAUUGUUCUGGGGAUCUUCUUCGUGAUUCUCCGAUUGGCCACCUACCUAGUGCUGCGCUACAAGGUCAAGUCAGAGCGAUAGGUCUCACCCUCAAGGCCCCCACCCUGUUUUGUGCAAAGCUAUUGUACUGUACCACGUGGGCCCAACAUAUAAUACUGGAUAUCAAUACCAUAAAUCGCUGUUUGGAAAAACUGGAAUAUAUCACUUUUCUCUGAAGUCAUGAUGUGACCAGAGAAGAGACAUCUAACAAACAUAAAUGUUUUACCUCAGCAAGUAGGACUCCAAACAUCUACAAGCAUCUCUAUGUACAGUAGGGUAGUACUGAUGAGGGCACGCAGACUAUUCAAAGGACUGACCUGCAGGAACAACCAAAAACAGAGAAUGUUUACACAUCAUUUAGCCUUGGCAUAGCCAGAGGACAUUCUACUGUUGCACUGGAGUGUGUCUGGUUUUAAAGACAGAAUGAAUCAGUAUUUUAAUCAAAUUUCCUCAACUGAACGGAACUAUUCACUUUUCUUCCUAUCUUUGACUCUCAUCUAUGUUUUAGUUACAGUUUUGAGAACUAGAAAAUAAAUAUGACUUAUUUUACCUGGUAACAAUGUAUGAAAAACAAAUCUGUACAUUAUUAGGCUAUUGACUUGUUUUUAUACUGUCUGAAAAAUGUACCUUUCUCUAAAAUGGAUGAUUCUCCUAAUGAUAUAUUUUUUGGUUUCUCUAAUCAAUUAACUGUUCACGUCCUACAUGAUGUACUGUAUGUAUGCAACAUUGUUGAGUUUAGUUUGGGUAAUAGAUUAAAUAGGUAAUAUUAUCCUCAAACAUAGUCCUAAACCUGUCUCCACUGCCACAGUAAUGUAUAUAUUUAUAGUGUAACCAGAGAUGCAACAUUCAAACUUUACUUCUACCUAACAAUGGAUGACUUUAAAGGCCCAGUGCAGUCAAAACCGUUACUUCCUGUGUUUUAUAUAUAAUUCCAAACUAUGAGGUUGGAAUAAUACUGUGAAAUUGUGAAAAUGAUGAUAGUCCUCUUAGUGUUAGAGCUGUUUGGGGGGGGGAAAACACCUGAAAUUUCAGCCAGUUUUGGUGGGAUGGAGUUUUGGCCUGCCUGGUGAAAUCACCAGGCGGUAAAUUAGUUAAUGGACCAAUAAGAAAGAGUUCCAAACUUUCCUGCCAAUAACAGCUAGUUUUCUGUUUUCCCCUCCCCACUCAGAUCACUCCAAGACAUUCCUAGCAAAAUUAUUACUUGAGAAAUUGCUCUUUGGUAAAAAAUAAUCCCAGUAAAAGGUACUUAAUUGUUACCCAAAAAUGAUUUGAUAUUGAGAUAAAAAUGACAGUAUUUGACCUUUAAUAAUAUAAUGGCUGUUUUAUAUAAACCUUCAUUACAGUCUAGUCAUCCAUGGCUAACUGCCACCUUGCGCACAAGCAUUCACGGUCUCAGUUCGUAGGACUUGCUUGAUAUUCUUAUGAGUGUGUGUGAGUUGCAUAUUUGACCGUUGUUGGAAUUGGGAUACCCGGAUUUCAGGAAAACAAGCCAAGAGAAUGAGUUACAGUAGGCUAUGUUGCAAAAUUUUGUUGGAUUCUGAAUUUUCAGUUACAAUAAACUGUGACAUUCCUCAAAUAUUUUAAUUAUCUCACAUAUUUUGACCUCUUUCUCCCCACCAGCCGUCCCUAUGUUGAAAGCCUUUGCUAUAUGACAAACUUGAUCAUUUGUACAGCAUCGCAAAUGGCUGGUAUUUCAAUAAAGACUUUAGAUUUUACUCACUUAUGAUUGUGUUGCAAUGUGUUUGUCAUGGAUCAUGGGGAAUAUAUAGCCAAGAUCUCAACUCCAAGAAUUUAAGCUCUGACUCUUUCAAGUUGCUAGCAAAAUGUAAAUU